AUGACUUUCUAUUUGCCAUCAACUACUUAUUAUUCUUCAACUUAUCAUAAAUUCGAAGAUGGAUAUAAUGAAGAAGAAGCUGAAGAUUCGGGAUAUUUCGAAGAGGAAAUUGAGAUUCCAUCGGGUGAAAAACAACAAGAAGGAAAAGAAAAUGAUGAGGAAGAUCUGGAAAAACUCGAAAAUGGGCGAGAAUUCGGGAGAAGACUUCGGGAGUAUUGCGAUCUUUUUGAUUAUGAAUUUGAAAAUUGUGGAUUUCAGAAGGUAUGUUUGUCGGGAAAAGGAGGAUUGUGGAAACUAAUAUUUCUCAAAGUAUUUAGCGCUGGCUUAAAACUUUUCGAGUAUCAGUAGUUUAGGCUGAAAAUAGGAUUUUUGAGGUUCAUAGAUUAUAGAUAUUCAAAAAUCUGAAAACAAAUAAAACGCCAUUUUUGGAAAUUGAACCUUAAUUUAAUUUAAGUUAAUUAUGAAACAGUAAGAAAUGCGCAUGCAAAGUAUUUUGAGGUAGAUCUCGCACUGCGAAACAUUUUUAAAUUUUAAAAAGGUCACAGUAAUCUUCAUUUUAUACUUAUUUAGAGUUUUGUUUUUCCAGAAAGAGAAAAUGCCUUCGACUUCAUGGAUUUGCCAAAUCUUCAAAUGGUUCACCACAAUUGUUAUGUAA